CACGACAGCAGCAGAAGCAGAAGCAGCAGCAGCAGGAGGGGCCCAAGUAGGAGCAACGGCAAACCCAAAAGACGACAGCAGCAAAUCGCGAUUAUGACGAUGAUGACGAGCACAACGACAAGAGCCACAGCCAGAGCAGCAGCCACACCAACAGCAACGGCAAUGGCAACAACAUCAACAUGAAUGGCCAUGGGGUGGAGGACGAGGACAAGGACGAAGAGAAUGUGGUAAGGCAGAAGGAUACGACUGCUGCUGCUGCUGCUUCUGCCAGGCCUGCGGCAAGUCAAAAGCGUGCGGCACAAGCGACACAAUCGCGAAAUCCCAUCAGACGGGCGCACAGCGAAAGGCAUUUGUCGACCGCGCCCAUUGCCGCCACUGCCGCUAGGAACUCCAUCGCAAGCACCAGCACCAGCAGCAGCUCCAUUUCGAAGACGACAACAUCGUCGCAUCCUCGCUCCACCGCCCCAGUGAGUGGGCCGCAGAAUGUCAUUUUAAAUUUUAAGGACACAAUGGCGCUGCGCAUAAAAAGCAGCCGCAGCGACUCGAGAGAUUUAUUUCAAAGGCGUCCAACGGAGCCGCCCCCACCGCCACCCGGCUCGCCCCCCAAGGCACUGACGGAGCCACUGACGGAGACCGCAAAAGGAUUAGAGCAGCCGCCACACGGAAUCAAUAAGUCAGCCCUGACUCAGACUCUGUCUCCGAUUGUGACAUCGACUCCGGCACAGCCACGCCACAAGCAGCAACAACAGCAGCAGCAGAGGACUGUGGUGCGGGUGGCACCCUUCAACCAGAGCGGGGAGGGAGCCCACGAGGUGCACCGCCUGAAAAUCUGCCACAGCGAGGAUGAUGACACCUAUUCGCACACGGAUCAGGGCGUACAGCUGCGCCGCAAGCCGAGCACCAGGCUGCUGCUCACGCCCGAGGAGGAGGAGGAGGCGACCCCCAAGAAGACAUCGAUACUGAUUAGCGGCGAUGAUUGCUACUCCACAAUGAACCUCAGCGCGAACGCGGCACAGCCUCUGUACCAGUCGUCCGUGGUGGUCAACAGCCAGGCGGUCAGCACCGGCGGGGUGUGCAUCAACGUGAGCAGUGCCGAGGAGGAGGAGCAGCAGCUGAAUCAUCUCAACACGCUGCGCAGUCAGCAGAUGAUGGGCACGGGCCUGGGCCUGGGCAUCGCCAUCAUCCCUAUACGGAGCAGCGAGAUUAACCUGCAGCGAUCCGUUUCCUGUAUCUCCUCCACCUCGAGCAGCUCCACGUCCAGCAGCGGCAGCUCCAGCGGCAGGGGGCGCACCCUCAUCCGCCUGGACUACGAGCGGGAGAGGACUGGGGCGGGCACCAGCACAACGCCCAUCAAUACGCCGCCGGCAAUCAGCUCGACGCCAGCCACGCCGCCGCCGCCUGCAUCGCCAAGCGACAGCGCGAGUCCAAGCCCUUUGGUGCAGCACGAGACGGAGCUGCUGAAGAUACUGCGGAAUCCCGUGGAGGCGGUGAAGCGCAACUUGGUGCCGCAUGUGUGUGGGCUGCGGUCAGCGGGUGGCGACACCGGACGCUCCAAGAAGAUGCAGGAUGCCGUGACCACAAUUGUCCCCAGGAGCAUGGCCAAGGAGGGCAGCUUCAUAGCCAAGCUGCUGCAGGAUCCGAUGCUGGGGCAGGUGGCCGAGGGCCUCGAGACGGAGACGGUGGCCGAGCUGAUCGAGAACUCGCUGCAGCGGCUGCAGCAGGCACGCCAGGCCAUCGACAUGAGCGGCACCAAAGACCACGACGACAUGAAUCGCCUGAUCAGCGCCUCGCUGCAGCGGAUCCGCGGUGAGCGGACUACCAAAGAGGAGGAUCGCCUCUCCAAUCGGGGCAGCAUCAGCUCCGCCAACAGCUUCGCCUCCGCCCACAACUACGAGCUGUUUGAUUUUGCGGGCGGCAAUGAGUCUGACUGCUACCAGAGCUGUUCCAGUGUCCUCACAGCGUCCGGAAUCAUCGAAGAGGAGCAACAGCAGCCGGUUGAAGUGGACCAGAGUGAACCAGAGCUGGAUGCAGCCACACGGGCCAAGUUCUAUCAGCUGCUGGUGGAUGCCACUCUCGCCGAGAUCGAGCACUCAACGCACACGGAAACGGAGGUGGAGACGGAGGCGGAACACCACUACGAGUCCAUUCGGCUCAAUGGCGAUCCCAUCUACGAGGAAAUCAACGAGAAGCCGCCGCCCCUGCCGCUCUCCGCACCGCCGCUGAACGAUGCUGAGCUGGAGAAGAAGGCAGCCCGCUCCAUCUUCGAGGGCGCCUCCAAGUACGACAUUCUGUCGUACCUGGUGGACGCCAAGGAGCGGGGACUGGCCCGCGAGGAGAGCUUCGACUACAGCAACAAUCCGAAGAUCAUCGAGGAGGAGGCCACGGACACGCUCAGUGAGCUGGACAAGCGCGUGGAGGAUCGGGACAGUGGCCAGAGCAACAUGAACUCCCUGUCGCCGCCACCUCACAGCUUCAUCUGCGGCGGCGGCAAGUGUGGCAGCGACGUGGAGCGGCAGGACUCGGGUGUGGGUUCCGAGACGAGCAAAUCGUCGCGCAGCAAGUACCAGGCCACGCCCACCGUGCUGCAUCUGUGCGAGGACUGUGACGGAGCGGUGGAGAUGCAGGUGGGGGAGGCGGGCGUGCUGUACGCGCCGCUCGUGUGCCGCAAGUGCGGCAAGAAGCGGGUGGAGCGCAAGGAGAUCAUCACGGAGAUUGUGGAGACGGAGGAGAAGUACGGCCGCGACCUGCAGAUCAUCCUCGAGGAGUUCUGCCACCCGAUGCUGGUGGCUGGCCUGCUCACCCAGGAGCAGCUCUCCGCAAUCUUCCUCAACACGGAAGACUUGCUUGAGAACAAUCAGACGCUGGCGGAGCGGAUGCGCGACGCCCUGGACAUGUCCCUGGAGCAGGGCGAUGACGAUCUGCUCACGGUCAACAUUGGACGCAUCUUUCUCGACUUUACGCAGAUGCUGCACGCCUUCGAGAGCUACUGCGUCCGGCAGGCGGGCGCCAGCUUGCUGCUGGCCAACCUCGAGAAGGAGAAGGAAUUGUUGCGCAUUUUCCUGAAGGUCUCGCAGAUGGAGAACGCCGUACUGCGGCGCAUGAACCUCAACUCCUUCCUGAUGGUGCCCGUCCAGCGCGUGACCAAGUAUCCCCUGCUGCUGGCGCGUCUCUACAAGGUGACGCCCACGCAAAUCGACGGACGUGAGCUGCUGAAGCAGGCCCAGGAGAAAAUCGAACUGCACUUGAAUCACAUCAACCAGGAGGCCAAGGAUGUGCCCACCAAGCUCUGGCGCCGCAUCAGCUCCUCCAGCCCCAAUCGACGGGCCUCCUGCGAAAUUGAUAUGAUAAACAUCAAGCUGCGCAAAAUGGCCAUCGACGUGCUCGAGUGGAAUCACGAUGAGGUCCGCUUCGCCAUGGAGGGUAAGCUCCUCUACACACAGCCGACGGACAGCAACUGGAAGAAGGCGCGCACCAUCAAGCUCACACCGGUCAAUGCGCUGCUCGUGACCAAUGGCAAGCCAAGUGCCAAUUAUAGGGCAGAGAAGGCCAUGUCGGAUAAACUGAAUUUCCCGAAGCACACGGGCAUACGAGAGGCCUCCCUGCUGCUGGUGAAGGAGAAGUGCGGACGCUACACGCUGAUCCGGGAGCCCCUCUAUCUGGACAGAUGUGUGGUGUGCAGCGAAGCGGAUUGGGAUGAUUAUUUCGAAGUGCAGGAAAUUUCAUCGAAGGACACAUUCAUAUUCAAAGCCGAGGAUGGUGUACGGACCAAGCAGUGGUACACUCAGAUGCAGUACCAUGCCCAGGGCAUGGGGGCGUGGCGCAAGCGAAGGAACGCCCUGGCCAACAUCAUGAUCAACGGAAUGCUGGCCCGCAGCUAGCAGGCUGCGAAACGAAACCACAUUCCCCCGGGCGGACAGAUGAUGAUGGAUAACAGACGAUAGCAGAGUACGAGUAAUAACAAUAAACAAUAAAACUGAACAAUUGGUUAUGCAUUUAAUAACGUAUUUAUGCGCUAUUAACCAACAAGCAAUUUCGUAAUUAUUUGUUAAGUGAUGAACAAUUGAAUCGAGCACACGCAUAACGCUAGUUAGUGUUUACAUACAUAAUAUCUAUAUAUCUAUAUCUAUAUAUAUCUAUACACACACACACACACACACACAUACAAUACCAAUAACAUUACCAAUACCCUAAAUGCAAUGCAAUAAAAUAGAAUACAU